AUGCUGAUUUACGACAAUGCACUUUGGCUAUUGCUUGCAGCGCUCCUGCUUGACGCCCUCAUCGGCGACCCUGACUGGCUCUGGCGCCGUCUGCCGCAUCCGGUUGUAGGAAUCGGCAGGAUCAUCUCGAUUUUAGAUGACAGCCUCAAUCGCCCGACCAUGACGGCAGGACAACGCAAGGCGGGCGGUCUGAUAACCCUGCUGCUGCUCGUGUUCGGCGGUCUCGGUCUUGGCUCGGCUCUGGAAAGCAUUUCGGGUCAAAUCCCGUUUGGCGACAUCCUGAUCGUCAUCGUCACGACAGUUUUUCUUGCCCAGAACAGUCUUUACCGACAUGUGGCUGCUGUUCGGGACGGGCUGGAACAAUCGGGGCUUGAAGGCGGGCGCAAGGCUGUUGCCAUGAUUGUCGGGCGGGAUCCGAACCAGCUCGACGAGGCCGGCGUUUCCCGGGCGGCAAUUGAAUCCUGCUCAGAGAACUUUUCCGACGGCGUGGUCGCCCCUGUAUUCUGGUUCGCCCUGUUUGGCCUGCCGGGUUUACUUGCCUACAAGGCCGUCAACACCGCUGACAGCAUGAUCGGACACAAGAACGAGACCUAUCGCGAAUUCGGCUGGGCGUCGGCAAGGUUCGAUGAUCUGAUCAACUUGCCCGCUUCGCGCCUUUCAGGCCUCUUCAUCGCCCUGUCAGCUCCGUUGGCAUACGGCUCUCCUCGCAAGAGCCUGACCUGCAUCAUCAGGGAUGCCGGAAAGCACAGAUCUCCCAAUGCCGGUUGGCCGGAGGCUGCCAUGGCCGGCGCGCUCGACAUAGCCCUGGCCGGGCCACGUGUUUAUCCAGGGCAAACGGUAGAUGAUCCCUAUCUCAACGAAGCGGGGCGAAAGGAAGCAACGGCAAACGACAUUGAUCGUGCCGGGAUGGUCAUGAUCGGGGCGUGCGUCAUACAGGGUCUGACAAUCGGAUUGCUCGCUGCAGUCGCAGCUUAG